AUGAGUUUCUUUCAGUUAGCCAACGAGUCUGCUCCCCUUUCCUUAUCUCCUAACUUUAUACUUCCAGAAGAUAGAAGGCCACAACUUUCAAUUGAUUCUCUAGCUUCAAUUCCCAUAAUUGAUUUGAGCGAUUUUGAUGGCACCCCUUCAUCCUCAUUGGUGGUUCAGAAGUUAUCAAAAGCUUGUGAGGAAUAUGGGUUCUUUCAAAUUGUGAACCAUGGUGUUCCUCAACAUGUUUGCAAUAAAAUGAUCACAGCAAUCGCUGACCUUUUUAAUUUGCCUCCAGAGCUAAGAGGACAGCUCUUCACAACAGAUCAAAGCAAAAGCAUAAGACUUUACCAUUUUUACCUUCAUGUGGAGGGUGGAGAAAAGGUGAAGAUGUGGAGUGAAUGUUUCAGUCAUCCUUGGUAUCCUAUAGAAGAUAUCAUUCAUCUUCUACCAGAAAAAAUUGGGGCUCAAUAUAGUGAAGCUUUCACUGAAUAUGCAAAGGAGAUUGGUUCAUUGGUUAGAAGGCUUCUAUGCUUAAUGUCGAUAGGGCUAGGGAUAGAGGAGAAUUGUUUGCUGAAGAUACUUGAUGACCAACCUAGGCUAAGAGCACAAGCAAAUUUCUAUCCACCAUGUCCAGAUCCAGAGCUGACAUUGGGUCUCCCUAUACAUACUGAUCUCAAUGCUGUCACAGUCCUUUUGCAAUCAGAUGUUUCUGGUCUCCAAGUGAUCAAAGAUGGGAAAUGGAUUGAUGUGCCUGCUAUUCCCAAUGCAUUUGUAAUCAACCUAGGAGAUCAAAUUCAGGUUCUCAGCAACGGAAGAUUCAAAAGUGUGCAUCAUAGGGCUGUUACCAACAAAGUGCAGCCACGAGUGUCGUUGGCAAUGUUUUAUGGGCCAAACGUGGACACUACAAUUGGCCCCAUUCAGGAAUUAAUAGAUGAGGAACACCCUCCCAAGUACCGAAAUUAUCGUUUUUAUGAGUUUCUUGAAGAAUUUUACAAGCAAGAAGGCACAAGGAGGAUGGUGAAAGAAGUCUUUCAAUUGUCAAAUUAG